AAAGGGAGAGAGAGAGAGAGAGAGUGAGAGAGAGAGAGAGUGAAACAACAGGGUUAUAAAAAGGAGAACUGCAAAAAGAAGAAAUCAAAGGGACGUUUAAUUCAGACAACAAUCACCUAGAUAUAAAAAAAGGAAAGCCGACAUUUUCCGGACUGAUUAUCGGCUAACAGAAGAGCGGCUAAACUCUCAGGAUAAGGACAGAUUGGAGAAAAGGACAAAUAAGCACACAUUUACACAAGGCACCAAGAGUGUGAGCCAUGGCUGGUGAAAUCAGGACAAACCUCCGUUUCCUGCUCAUAACCUACCCAGAGGAUGUGAAAGAUAAACAUGAAUAUAAACACGAGCAACUGAGAAAACACCCAGAAACUCUCCGAGCAGAUAUAUCUAGAAAAGACAACGUCACUAAUCUCCUGUUCUACACUCAAGACACUGAAGCCUGGUACAAGGCUCUCUGUAGCCACUACACAAACCAUACAACAAGAAAUAUAAAUGAUGGCAGACAGAUAAAAAUAGAGGGAAAUGACACGGACUCUAGUCCUCUGACUGUGAACAUCUACCGCAGUGGAACAGUCAUGUUCCAGGGAAGUGAAGCCAGACUCAGUUCUGUUCAAGAUGACUUUGAAAUCUUAAAAGCCCUGAGUAGGAUUCAGCGCCAUGGGCACCAAGACCACAACCCAGGGCACCAAGACCAGGACCGGGGGGACCAAGACCAGGACCAGGGGCACCAAGACCACAACCCGGGGAACCAAGAUUAUAACCCGGGGAACCAAGACCAGGGGCACCAAGACCAGGACCAGGGGCACCAAGACCAAGACCCGGGACACCGAGACCACAACCCAGGGCACCAAGAUUACAACCCGGGGCACCGAGACCACGACCCGGGGCACCGAGACCACGACCCCCAGCUAGAGCCAGCAAGCCGACAGUGAAGGCCAUGAAAGCCACAUGUAUGAUGUAGGCAUCUACAAGCAUCUACCAGCUCCAUAUACCAAUUAGGGUUGCAAAGGCUGGAAACUUUCCAUGGGAAUUAACGGGAAUAUAUGGAAAUAAACUGGGAAUUUAAAAAAAAAAAAUGCAGAGUUGCCUAUAACAAGGAACUUAAAUGUGCUUAAAAAAAUCUUUUUUUUUUUUCAUAAUUUUGUUUAAAACAACAAGACUUAAUGCCAUUUAAGUUGAAUUUGUACCCUGCGUUCCUCGGUCACUCGCACACUGCUUACUGGAGGGCCAUUGAGGCCAAACCCCCAGCAGGUACUUGUGUUCUUCCAUAACAUGCACAGUAACACUUUAUUUUAGGGUCAUUUAACUAGUUGCUUAUUAGCAUGAAUAUUAAUAGAAUAUUGGCUGUUUAUUUUUAAGUUAUUAAGCACAUAUUAAUGCCUUAUUCUACAUUCUGAAUUGUACCUAAGGUGGGGGAUGCUUUCAUUUUACAGCAAUUAUAGGGAAAUAUAUUUAUUACAAUUAUCAAGUUUAUUACAAGCAUAAUAAUGUUUAUUAUGCUUUUGUGUGACUCAAUGAAAUAAUCAAUUAAAGUUCUACUUACAAUUAAAUCAGUCAAGAGGUCAUUUUUUAAAUUUGUAUUACCUUACAUGCAUGUCUCUUAUGACCAAACAACAUGUUUAUUUAUGUUUGUAUAUGAUAUAGUUUAUGUAAGUGCACUAUAUGCUUGACUUUUAUUUUGUAUCUUUUUGAGAAUGCAUUUCCGGGUCAUGGUGCUUCAUUGGGGUUCAAGUGUAUAAAUCUCACUCCAUUUCCUGUUCCUUAGUGUGUAUGGGAAGAGGGGGGAAGUAAGUGGGAAAGCUUACUUUCUGUUGACCGUAAAACUUUAUUGGCGUAUUUUAAUGUGGCUUUCAUAUAGAC